AUGGUACCAGAACCUUCGAGCACAGACACACAAGAGGCUACACAGAGGGAACCGGAAACGCCACCAGGACGUUUGAGCACAGGCGUUUCGAGCACAGACGCACAAGAAGCUACACAGAGGGAACCCGAAACGCCACCAGGACCUUUGAGCACAGGUGCGCUAGAGGCUACACAAUUAGAGCCCGUAACGACAACACCAGGCCAGCCUCUGGGCCCCAGGCAGUCGGAUGAUCUCUUCUCGUCAAACGACGAGUCUGAGUUUGCAGUCCACAGCAAACCACCUCCAGAGCUCACGAAGGCUGCUAUCAAGCAGCGCAUCAGAAGAAUCUUCACACCAAGGGCUGACGGCUCUUACUUAGUGGGGGAAGACUUUGUGCGGCAAUGGGCUGACAAGUCCGAAGGCGGUGGUAGAGACAAGAUGAUGGCACUGUUUGAGAAGACGGCUUAUCAUCGGGAACAGUUUAUCAAGCGGUGCAAGGCCAUCGCAGAGUCUAUUGAGGAGGAAAGCUUCGACAUCGAAGGAGAGUUUUUGACUCUCAACGACAUGGACCGCCUUAACUUCUCAGAGACCCGCAAAAAGGGCAUCGUUCGGUACUGUUCGACGCGGCCUUCUUUGGUGAGGCAAAGCAAGUACGGGGAAGGCGAAAUGUACUGGACUGACACACGCAUUAAAGGGAAGAUCUCGAAGAGCCGGCGCAAGGUGUUCCAGGAAGCUAUGGAAUGGGAUGAGGAGGCUGACUCCAAAGACGAAAUCCUUAAUCGGAGCUUCGACGACUGGACGCUUGGGGUGUCCGGUGACACCUUCCAGAACAUCAUCGGUAACGACGACGCUGUGCCCGCCGACGAGCCGGAGAGCCUCACGAGUAGCAGUGUUAUGCAGAAGGUAAGUUGGCCUGAGCUAGCUAAAGACGCUGCCCCAAGCAGUCUGUUGCAUCCGUGCAAGAAGUGCGUCGAGAAACAUGAGAAGAAACUUGACUUGCUGCUCCAGCGCUACGAUGCUGUGAAAGCGGACAAGUUGUCAAGCUUGCAAUCGCAGACCCGAACUUAG